GACGCUUCACACCAUGCAGCUCCACUAUAUAAAGACAGCGAAAGUCCUUCAGUCAUUCACUGGAGCAGCAGACAGACGCUGAAACAACGCAGACCUGCUGACCUACAUUUGAAACUUUUCAACCAAAAGGAUGCUUUGCGUGCACAUCUCCCUGUUGCUGACUCUGAGCGGAGCGGCAAUGUGCUCUCUGCUGGACAAACAGACCGACUUUGGCCUGAAGGUCUUCUCGCAGCUGGCCCGGGACUCUGUGGACCAGAACGUGGCCUUGUCCCCGUACGGCGUGUCCUCUGUCCUGGCCAUGGCUCAGCUCGGCGCAUCUGGAAACACCCGCAGGGCCUUAACUGCUGCCAUGGGCUUUUCUCUGCAUGAGCGAGGGAUGUCUCGCCAGCAGCGCCUCUUGCAGCGAGACCUGUCCAGUGAGGACGGGGUGGAGACAGCCAGCGGGGUCAUGGUGGAGAGGAAGAUGAGCCUGGAGAAGGGGUACCGCCGGGCCCUGGCCAAGGCCUUCCAGACCCAUCCCAACCAGGUGGACUUCACCAAGCCAGACCAGGCAGUCAGCAUCAUAAACUCGUGGGUCUCAGACCACACUGCAGGUGCCAUCCCUGAGUUCUUUGCAUCCGGAUCUCUGACCGAUGAGACCCGCCUGGUCAUCCUCAAUGCCCUGCACUUCCAGGGCCUCUGGAAGGUGCCCUUUGACCCCAAAAUGACCCAGGAGAGGAUGUUCCACUGCGCCAAUGGCAGCAAGGUGCCCGUGCACAUGAUGAGACUCGCCAACCGCUACAACUACGGCGAGUUUGUGACUGCCAAUGGGGUGGACUACGAUGUCAUUGAGGUACCGUACAAGGGUGACUCACUGAGCAUGCUCCUAGUGUCGCCAUUUGAGCCCGAGGUUCAACUAAGCACGCUCAGUUCCGAUUUGAGCAGCCAGAGGAUUAAGCAGUGGAGAACGGAGCUGAGGAAUGUCAAGCGGCAGCUGGCCAUGCCCAGGUUUAUCCUGAACUCUGAGGUGAAUUUGAAGACUGCUCUGCUUAACAUGGGUCUGGGAGACAUGUUCAACCUGGCUACUGCUGACUUCACACGCAUCACCACUGACGAGAGGCUGUGCGUGUCGAAGGUUCUGCAGAGAGUGAAGAUCGAGGUGAAUGAGCAGGGAACCAAGGGAGCAGCAGCAACAGUCGCCGUGAUGUUUUCUCGCAUGGCGGUGGAGGAGAUUACUCUGGACCGGCCCUUCCUCUUCCUCAUCCAGCACAAACAAACAGGUGCUGUUCUGUUCAUGGGUCACUUCAACCAGCCUCAAUAACAGUAAAAGGGCUCCGUUCCACUGUGUCUGACUACUGCUGCUCAUGCUCCACAUGAUGACCACACACAUGUUGACCACACACAUGAUGACCACACACAUGAUGACCACAAUAGACCCGCUGUACAGGGUACUUCUUUUGACUGGACCGACUGAUUCACUAACAGCUUUAUUUAAGACAUGCUUAACAGAAUUUACCACGACUGACAAUAGAAACAUGAUUUGACUGAGAGUUUGCCAAUAAUUUAUGUCUCUGAAUGUUUGUGGUUGACAAGACAGAUAGACAUAGGGAAGGAAAGUUAAAUAAUUAAGUCUGAUACAACAGACACCAAUGCACUGCAUAAGUACCCCCCCUCCCCCACCCCCAUGCCCCAAAGAUGUAUUUUUAUCUAUUUUGUUCUAUGUUAUUUCUAAUAUCUAUUUUUGUUAUUGCCUAUUUUGUUGCUGAGUUACAUUUGUAUUUUUCCUUAUUUAUAUUUAUUAAAAUACUAUGUUUUUACAAAGCUGUCGUGUUAUUUCUGUGGCGUUGAGAUGUGCGGGAGGUUCACGCUGACCUCUUGUGUUCAAAAAUCCAAAAGUCAGGACUUAACCAGGCCUUCAUUAGUACGAUGUAAGCUUUCAGUACAAUCUAUAUUCUGAGAAGGUAAAUAAAGCUCAUUAUUUGUUCAAAAAGGUGAACAUCUAUCAGAGUAUUUAACCCUAAUUUCACUAUUUUAAAGAGAGUAUGGGUCCACACCAGUAACUCCAGUCUUAUUUAGACACUAUACAGUAAUAAACAUACUAUACUGACUCUGAA